AUGUGCAACUACCCAGAUCAAAAUUAUACAUUCAAAAUCACCACAAAACAGAGAUACUCUCUUAUCAAAAACCCUGAAAUAAUAUCUAUCAUAGAACACGCCCUAUUUGAGCAGCUUCCUUCUGAGCUGCAGCAUCCCUCUGAUGUGCACACAAUGAAAUCUUCCGUUCUAGUUUUUCCCAUCUUUGACGUUGGAGCUGGCAAAGAGCAAGAGCCUCCAAAGAAAGUCAAGUGGAAGCAGAUAAUUGAAAAUCCAAACAUGCAACCUAUUUUAUUCCCGCCAAAUGACGAAGAUAUCCUGCACAAACAGAAACACACUUUCAUUCGAAACAUCUCAGGACAGCUGGUCCUGCAGAGCCUCUCCAAGCUUGAUCCGCAGGAAAUCAAAAACGUAUUUAGCUGGAUUGCUGAGUUCUAUGUGCUCAUUGAUGAAAGCCAGGUGGCCAAGCGGGACAUCAUGCUCUUGCUGCUGGAAUGCAUACCUUCUUCGAUAAAACCGAUUAUUGCAGACACUGAUGACCAUAACGAAGCGCUGGCUAGAAUUUGUGCACAUGUUCUUAAGACAGACACGCUCAGAGACCGAAUAGUACUCGAACAGACAAAGUACAUAAAAAUACAAAACUACAGGAAGGUUCUCGAGCUAUACUAUCUCUCCUCUUCUGAAGCCGCUGCAAAGCCAGAAGAAAAGAGGAAGAAAGAGCUACACACUGCCUUUUUCAGGGGGCUUGGCGACCUAACCAAAAGAUGGAUCAGCAAGCACAAUCUGCCCAUGGACAUUGAUAUUAUAACAGGCAUAAUAACAAAAAUAGAAAACAAGUACCUGAGAUACCACCAAAGCCAUCUAAAGUCUGCAAAAUGCAAAAAAGAAGCAAAGACACAUGCAGCCAGAGGAAAUAUUUGCGAGUACAGCAUAGAGGAAAGCGGCACUGAGAUAGAGUACGAUGAAGAGUGCUAUCUUAGAAAGCUGGAAAAGCUAAUAGAAAAAGAAAGAGAAGUGGAAUACGAUGAUGACCACAGGCUGGCCCAUAUAGACAGAAAGUAUGAGAAAGAGUACAAAAAAAUUAAAGAAUUGGUAGACAGCGUGAUUCUGACAUUUGACCCUCUCAAGUGUUUUGCAGGAGGCUACUAUUUGAUGCAAAUAAAUGUAAAUGAUAAAGACCUAGUUCUGCAAGGGCCUAGCUACAAAGUGAAGAAUGAACUCGCAACUGCGGUCCAUGCUCUUCUGCAAAAUCUUCAAUUUGAAGGAAUAAUCAGACGAGUCUGCUCUGAAGCGGUCGAUGAGGUCCCUGUAUACUCUCCUGCAUACAUAAAAGAGUAUCCAGACGGAGGAAUAAAGCUGAUGGUAGACUAUUCGCGGCUGAAUAAAAUAGCGAACGAUGAAAAGUACAACUUCAUAGGAGUUUUUCCAACUCUCAGAAAAAUUCCGCCAUUUCAGAAAGUUUUUUCAAUAAUCAACCUAGGCCACCUGUACCACCAGGUAGGCAUGGAGCUAAACAGUAGAAAGUACACUGUCUUUUCCAUAUUUGGAAAUGUUUGGGAGUAUUUGCGAAUGCCAGCUGGGUUUAAAAACACGCCGGCUGCUUUCUACGAUGUUAUCACCGAUGUGCUAUCUCCUUUGAAAUGCAUUGCGCAUCUGAUGGAUGAUAUUAUCGUGUUCUCAGACAGCAUGGAAAACCACAUGGGCCAUCUGAAAAUUGUACUGGAAGUGCUGGCGAGCAGUAAGAUAACCAUUCUGGGCUCAAAAAGUAAGUUUUUUAUGAGCUCAAUCCAGUACUCAGAACACAUUGUGGAUGAAAUAGGUGUGCGCAGAGACAGUGAAUGCAUUGCACACCUGAGAAACGAAGCACCACCUGCCACAGUCCAAGAGCUCAGAUCUCUUAUUGGGCUUUUCGACCGAAAUCGGGAAUUUAUCCACGAUCUGGGCAUUUCCAUAUGUGGACUGCAUGAUAAGAUAUCUGAUGCAGAACAGACGAGCACUGAUCGCAUUGAAUGGUGUGCAGAUGCAGAGGCUUUUAGACAGAGGACACUGGCCAUGAUGGAAAGCGAGAUAGUGCUUGCAAACCCCAUAGAAGGCGCGCCAUAUCAGCUGUGCACAUACACGCCAAGUAGCAGCCUUGGUUUAGGCGUAGUUCUUAUGCAGGGCCGCAGACUAAUUGGGCUGUUCAGCCACAGACUAAAGAAAAAAACAAAUGAAUACACAGAAGAAGAAAAAGAGCUGUAUGUUAUUUUUUUGGCGCUAACACACUUUAAGUUUUUCUUUGGCGAGUCUGAGAUCUUCGUAUACACCAGGCUGAAGAACUUGGCAGGAACAGAGGACGGUAUAACCAGCAGGAUCAAAAAGUGGAGAAAUAAAAUAGAAAGGUACAAGGUGCACAUUCUGCAUUUUGAGCAGGCAGGAAAAGUUGAAAUGAUUGGCAUGGUGAAUACAUGGAUAAAUAAACCAGGCUCAAGAAAGUGCGUGCCUAUUCCAGAGAGUGAAGAUAAAAAACUGCAAAAGAUAAAGUCAGUUAGCCGAUUGGUGUGGAAAUCUCCCGUUUUAGAGUCUAUUUUUGACUCUUCUGACACUGCCCUGUAG